AUGUGGACAACUCUGAAGUUUGUUAUAUUUUGGACUCCUGUCCUUAUUAAGGGAUCAACUGUGGAUUUCAUCCUAACGGCAGCAGAGAAAUCUAUGCUUUCUGUGAUAUCAAUCCAAAAUGAAUAUUGUCCGGAAACCUGGCUGAAGGAAAUCUUCCAGUCCCUACGAAUUGCAGUAGUAGUCCGCUCUACAGAUAAUGUAAUUACAACAAGCAAGCAGAUUUCUCGACCGCUUCACGUUAUUUGUCUACCUGGACAAGAUGUUCAAAAAGACCAGGAGCUACUUCGAGAACUAGCUAUAUCUUUGGAAAACUUUUCUAAUCAAAAAAAACUAUUUUUUAUUGCAAAUAUUUAUGCUAACCGAAGCAGAAUGAACGAUCUUCUCAAAACCUGUUACCAUCUUGGAAUCCCAAACGUAGUUGGACUCACAGCAGCAGAUGAUGGCCCUUACUACUACAGAUAUCACUCAUAUCCUAGCUUCUGGACGGAAAAUCGAACUCUUCUAUUUUCUCCUGUCUUCGAGAAGAAUUUUCCCAAUAUGCAAGGUCAUCCACUGAUUGUGAUGCCCGACCUGUGGCUUCCGCGUUCAAUUCUGUACUUGGACAGACGAACGGGUAAGCAAGUCCUUGCAGGAUCCGUGGGCCGUUUUAUGCAUGUCCUGGCCUGGAAGCUGAAUGCCACUCUGCAGCUUGCCCCAACGGUAACCCCAGGACGCUUUCUCAGGGCGUCUGUCCUAAAGGAGCUGGGCAAAAGCUUGUCCAUAGACGUGCCAGCCAGUAUAUCGAUGGUGGAGCGAGAAGAGCAGUUGUCCCGCACCAGUUACCCAUUGGAACUGACACACAUCUGCUUAAUGAUCCCGAAGGCCCAAGAGAUUUCCAUGAGGGACAUCUACUUUCUACUGAGCAGCAUUUCCAAUAUGCUUAUUGCUGUGGGGAUCGUAUUUGCAUAUGGGCUGGUUUUGACCCUUUUAAGACAACUAACCAUUGGCAAUGUCCAUUUGGUGGACUUCCUGCUGAACGAUAGAGCCUUACGUGGAAUUCUGGGUCAGUCGUUUAGGUUUCCUUUGUCAGAAAGCGGCUGCUCCAGUAGGUUGCUAUAUCUAGUAUUGGGAAUCAUGGGCCUUUUUAUAAGCAGCAUUUUUGAGUCAGCUCUGGAGACCAUGAUGGCACAUCCGCCGCGGGAAUUUCAGGCACGAAGUUUUGCUGAUGUCCGGCGCACAAGAAUCCCAUUGGUUACCACCAAGGAAGACUUGCACACAUUGGUUGAUCUGCAUCUGAACUUAUUGGUGGUCAAUGGGAGUGAGUACCACCACUUAAGAAAUGGGAGGAACUUCAGCAAUGCCUAUUUAGCCUCUCGAUUGCAUUGGACACUGUUCAGUGAGCAGCAAAAGCGCUUCAGUCGUGAGCUCUUUAUAUACUCUACAGAUGCCUGCUUGUGGUCCCUGGCUCUGUUUUCGUUCCAGUGGCCGAAGAGUUCUCCGUUCGCAGAGCCCGUCAGCAAACUAAUCCUGGAGGUGAGGGCCAAUGGUCUGUAUCAGUUCUGGGUCGGAAUGCAUCAAUACGACAUGACACAGGCUGGCUUGGCAAGUAUGGAGAAUCCAGGUCUGUUGGGUGUGGAGAAACAUGAUCUGAAGCUUGCAGAUCUACAAUGGGUUUGGCUCGCCUACGGAACCCUUCUAACGAUUUCACUGCUGCUUUUCUUACUAGAGGUAUUCUGGGCCAACAUUUCACCAUACUUUUCUUCCUAG